AAUAUCUGGUUGGUCUUAUAAACAGAGAAGAGGAAGCGCAGCACAUACUGUAGCUAGCAUCCUCGGUUCGGUAACGCUGACGGAGAGGAGGGAGGAGGAGAACACUAAUAACGAACAUAUAGAAGGAUAAAAGCCUCCGUGAUGCAACCUAAAGCUUUGAAGAAGACCGGCGCGCGGUGAAGGAUUUGGACCUUUUACAUAUAGCAAGCGCGAAGCCGAGAGGGUGUGCGCUUAAUCCAAUGGGCUGCGGUGGAAGCAGGGCUGCUGCAAUUGAACCACGAUAUUAUGAGAGCUGGACCAGGGAGACAGAAUCGACAUGGCUUACAAACACCGACACCGAAACCCCCCAGUUGCACCAAGGAAUAGUCAGUAAUAACAUCGGGAGUCUCGAGAGUGCUGGCCCUGGUAUGAAAGAGAACGCCGUGACAUGUACAGGUAAGGCGGAGGGGGGUAGGCAGGCACAGUUAGGUGCAAGCGCCUCUCUCCGGGAGAAGAGGAUGGUGAACACGGGAACACAAUGUGGGAAGCAGCCCGUGCUCUCCACCUCCAGUGUCAGCACCCAAAGGAGGCCUGUGCACAGGGAAGAGACCAAGCAAGAUGCCAGAAGAAUGUCCUCCAAGGACGUGGCUGGGAAUAUCACCAAGAGUAUCCAGCAAGUCAGCCGGGGGGACAUGACGCCCAGCUGUGUCCAGUAGGGGGGUCUUGUUCGGAGUGCUGCGGGGCGGAGAGGAGCGGAGGACACGGUCUGGGAGAAGACUGCUGGGAUAAAGUGACUGUUUCAAAUGGCCAUCAAACUGAGGCCAGGUAGUUCCAUUCCUAGCCCAGAGGACUGAGGUUCAAGACGCCAUUUGAAUGAGGUGCCCUUACUACCCUGUCUGGUAAUGCAGGGUAAAUUGCCAACUGGAAAAUGCUGCUGAAAUCGACCUUUACCUAUUUGUAAGUGUCCUGUUCGUUUUGUUUGAUCAUUGUUCCAGCCAUUUCAUAAAGAUCCUCAGUUGGAAAUGCUGUGAGUUGUAAUAGAUACUCUGUGGUGACAUUGAUGAUUCAUCAUCUUUGUCCUGCUAGGUCAAAAUGAUGCUUAAAAGGCAUUGAGUGUUGACAGAUGAUGUGCCAAGAAUGGCAUUUGGCUGUUCAUACCCAGGAAUUAUGAUUAGAUCUCACUGGGGCUGUUAUUGGUACAUCUUUGUUAUGUUCAGCUUAAUAAAUUGCCAAGUAUCUAGUUAAAUAUGUACUUCCCAGAAAACAACAUUAGCAUCUAGUUCCAUUUUUAUCCAUGAGAACUGACAAAUAUCAACAAUAAUAAUUCAAUGAACCAGGCAUAGAUUCCCUGGAAAGGUCUGGAAGUAGGAGCGGUUUCAUGGUUUACAUGUAAUACUUGUCAUUACUUCUCAAUCACGGUGCAUCCAUUAACGUAAACACAGGAUGGCAAUGCACAUUGUUGCUGCAAUUAAAUGCAUGUAUAUGGUCAACAAAACAAUAUGCCUGUUAUUUUUCUAGUAAUUCAAAUAACAGAUAAAAUUGAAACUAUGCCUUACUUGUUCUCAGUAUUUUGUGUUACCUGUGUCAAGUUGAUGUACCAUUGAAGUAAUAUUUUUCAAAAUUAAGUAAAUAAGGAGAUAUUAUCCACAUAGUGUGUUAUAUUUUUAUCGAUUGUAAUAUUACGCAGUUCAUGAACAUUAUCUCAGUAUUUAUUAGAAUGCCUAUUACUAGGGCCACCAGUUUGUCUCCCUUUGUUUUCUUGCAUUGUACUCUAGUCAGCUAUAGCCUCUUUGUCAAGCCCCUUCCCAAACAAUUAUCCUAUUUGCACCACCUCUAUAAUCAAAGUUGAUUGAGAAAUUGCCACUUAAUAAGCACAGAUGAUGAUUGACAGCGAUGUUUCAAGCAGCACUCAUGCUAAAUUCACUUUGAUUACAUACUACCGUGGGCAUACUGCAGUAUUUUCAAAUGUUGUACAGGGGCAUGAUAGGUUUUUCUAAAACCAGUGGAAAAUUCUCACUUUAAAAAUGAGAACAGUUAUAUAACAUUUAAAUUGCAAGAAAAGUUAAAUAAAAAAAUAAAUUCAUGAAUCGACUAAUUAACUAAUCAUGUUCUUCAAUCAAGAAUUUAAGUUGAAUUAGGUGUCUUAGUGCUCAGCUCAAACAAAAACCCACAGCCACACCGGCCCUUUUCAGAUAAGAUAAAAUUUUAUUUUUACUGCAGUGAUACUCAAUCCUGGUCCUUGAGAGCCGCAGAGUCUGCUGGUUUUUGUAUUUUCUUUAAGAUCAGCAACCGAUUCAGACCCGAGAAACUAGGUUACCUGAGUUAACUGUAUAAUCAACUGCUCCAACUGAUCAGUUGCUGUGCUACUAAAGUGUUGAGUAUCAAGGAAAGCUAGCAGACGCUGCUGCUCAGCAGGACCAGGAGUGAGGACCAUGGGCUCAAAGACAUGUUUUUCAUAGCAUUUUAACUUACAUCCACUCCCUAUAUUAGAUCAACUAAUUAUUUUUUAUAAAUGUCUCAAUUAGAAACUCAGUUGUACAAUUUAGUCACUUGACUGUGCUGUUGGAGUGCUUAUGGGGACCCCUGGAGGAUGACGAUUGAAAUACAAGUUUAAAUCCCUGCAGGUCACAUGGUACAGACAAACUUGUGGCCCUAGCCAUUACCAAUAAGUAUAUCAAUAAGAUUCUGGAUUAAAACGAUGACAUUUUCUCCAACAAUGUUUUCUUUAUUGAUGAAAGUGAAAUCACAUGCAGUUAUGUCUUUAAAAAAUCUGAUUUGUCCACAGGAA